UGAAAAUUGAAAACCUUCAUCAUCAUUUCCUCCUCGUCCUCUACGGUUCUUCUUUAUGGCAGUAGUUUUUUCAUUUUGAUCUUUCUUCCUCAGUCAAUAAAUACUACUACCAAAUCGAUCCUAUAAAUUCAACCUCAGUCCAGGUUCAUUGUACCUAAUCAGUAUCUCCUCGAAAAGGCUCCAAUACCCGCCAUCGUUUUCUUCUUGGCUUGGCACUACCGAAAUCUCUACACUUUUAAUGGCGAUUUCGGACGAAUCAGUCGGAAAUUCUAAUAUCUCACCUUGCAAUACAUAUGGAGCCAUUGUUCUCGGUGGCACCUUCGACAGAUUACACGACGGUCACCGCCGUUUCCUCAAGGCGGCGGCGGAGUUGGCAAGGGAACGCAUCGUGGUUGGGGUUUGUGACGGACCCAUGUUGGCUAAAAAACAGUAUUAUGAACUAAUAGAGCCCAUCGAGGCAAGAAUGCAGAACGUAGAAGACUACAUUAAGUCAAUCAAGCCAGAGCUAGUAGUACAAGCAGAACCAAUCACUGACCCUUACGGUCCUUCGAUUAUUGAUGAGAAUUUGGAGGCUAUUGUUGUCAGCAAGGAGACACUACCAGGUGGACUUUCCGUCAAUAAGAAGAGAGCCGAGCGAGGUCUUUCACAACUAAAGCUUGAAGUUGUUGAUUUAGUUCCUGAAGAAUGCUCUGACAAAAAAUUGAGCUCCACAACCUUAAGGAGGCUUGAAGCUGAGAAGCUCAUGAAGCCUCAGCUAGGAUAACGGGUACCUAUUUGGAGUCCAAGUGGAGCUUAGAAGGGGCUGCCUUUGUAUUUAAUUAUCUACACGGUGCACUUUGUCACAAAGUUAAUUCAGGGUGAACAGGGAAUGAACAUGUCGUGUACGUGAUUCGUCCAACUUUGUUCUCUGAACCAUUGAUUAUACACGAUGCUGCAGAACAUGUAAUAUAUUUUACUUUGACGUCUUUUGAAGAGAAGAAAUAAAAGGAGCAUCGCUACAUUCAUUGAA